UCCUGCCUCGAUCCGGUCGACGUGCUUGCUUGCGUCUUGCGUCUUGCGUCUUGCGUCUUUUGCGAUGCGCUUCGCGCCUCUUUCAUGACCCUCAUCGCGCACUGCACGUGUCGACCAUUUCAAAGAGACCCGCCAUUCUAUCGAACAGACUCAUCCAAAGGGCUGCACGCACGCACGCACGCACGCACUUUUUUGCUCUUUGCGAAUGGCCUCCCUCGCACAUGACCAAACAUGUCUGUUCCGCACUUGCCGCCACAAGAUAAUGGCGCCGAUGUUCGACACCUCGCCUCCACGUCGGCAGCUGCUGUGUCCACGCCUACAGCUGCGACUUUUGCAGCGCGUGGGGCAAUGGCCAGCAGCAACGCCAUCGCUCCAUCCUCAGCGGGCGACUCUUCAGCUCUGGCGGAGACGCGCAGGCAAAGCGAGGGCCGGCCUCAUGUCCCUCGUCUCGAGACAGACGCGGCCGCUCUAGGCUUGGCAUCGCCUUCCCGUCCUUUUGCCGAUUUCACGCAAAGCGGCUUUGCGGGAGUUGCGCCACUCGUGCUCGGCUCGGAAUCGACAUCCAAGCAAUCUGCAUCUUCAAAAACUGGGGCAUUCUUUGGAUCCAAUGGAGGCGCAUCCUCUACGCCGAUCUUGCCAGCGAGCGCCAGCGGCUCGAGCAGCUUUGCGGGUUGGAGCUCACACAGGAGAGAGACGUCCGCAACCUCCUCCAUCUCCUCGGCAAUGGGCAAUCAAAGCUUAGUGGGAGAUACGAGUGCAAGGUUGGGGCACAGCAGCAGUACCUUUUCGAUAGGCUCCUUGGACAGCGUAGGAGGCAUCUCGACGAGCGGACCGGAAGGCGCUACUGGCAUCGUCCGACAAGGAUCUUCAGGCAGAGCGGCAUCUGGUCGAUGGGCUGGAGGUUUCGGCAGCAGUUUGCAGACGCCCAGCACGGGAGAUUUGAGCUCCGCUUCGUCUACCCGGUCUAGGAGGGUGUGGGAAGAGUUUGAGGGCAAGCCCAUCACCCCCCUACCCUCUCCCGGCGUCGUCGCAGCAUCCAAUCAGGCCGCUGGGCUGGGCUACUUCGAGUCGCGCUCGGCUGGUCUUGGAGCAAACGAUCACGCCAGCACGUCGCGGAGCUCCCUCGAGAGACAGGGGCGUCCCCACGACUUUAUGAGUCGCACCGACUUGCAGGAACAGGAAGAGCAUGCGGAACCCGAGACGCCCGUAUCUCGCAACAGAGCCUUUUUCGGCAGCAGCGCUCCAUCUCCUUUGGGACAAGUCUCAUCGCCCGUCUCCGCUUCCUCAUUUUUCUUCUCGAGCGCAGCACCCAAAGCGACACCUGCUCCAGCUCCUUCGCGUGGCGCAACAGCUCCACGCGCAGCUAGCGGAGGCGGUAGCUGGCUCGCUCGUGGCGCUAUGGGUGCAGGGACAGAUGAAGUCGCUCGACCCGAGUUCGCCUUAUCGCCACCCGCGACGCUGGCUAGCGCACCCAAUGCCAAUCUGCGCGGGCCAUCUCGAUUGCCAACCAUGCCGGUUGCGGGCAUGCCCAUUUCCGGGACGUCUUCUGUCGCUUCCACCUCAUCUGCCUCUUUAGCUCAGGCGCCGAUGGAGAGCUUGCCAAGUGCGAUGACGGGACAUGCAAUACCGCCCUGGAUCAAGCAGAGUCCACCUCCGAGCACGACCACGCGGGCAUUUGUGCAAAACCCGCAGCUUGCGUUGGAGGAGAGAAUGAGCUCCCUACCCUCUGCUGCUCUUGGCGCGGGAGACGCGAAUCGAACCGGAGAUGCUUCACAUCCACAAGCACCGUCGCAAGGUCGUGGGCCAAUCCUCACGCCCGAAACUCAAUUUGCCCGCAUUGGCGUUUCUGAUCCUCCAGUGCUGGAGCCUGCGCCUGCUCGAUCUCGCAAUGGCUCUUCGCAAAGCGCGGCUGAAGUUGCAGGUGAUAGGGCGGACUCGCUGCUGCUUCCUGCAGCUCAGAGGAGGGGCGGAGCGAGCAGGCACGUCCAUGGACCUUCGGAAAACGCCAGCGGAUCCUCCUUCUUGCCCGUCGCCGCCACUUCCUCCGGCCCUGCUGGUGCUCGCGUGGAGCUCGGUAGCGGAGCUGCGAUAGAUAGCGCGAGGAGACAGUCGGCAGCGACCAUUACGGGCAUAGGCACCGGCACAGAUGCGGAUGCGGAUGUGGAGGAGGAGGAGGAAGAUGCGAAUGAAGGCAGGGUAGGACAGUACGUGAUUGAGCGAACAUUGGGAAUGGGCGCUUUCAGCCGCGUGGUUCUCGCCAGGCGAAUAGCUCGCGAUGCAAUAUCGAGUUCGGAUACGAAUCGCUCGCGCACGCAUAGCCCCACAACGGCUUCGAGGGAAAAUGCAGCGGCGGAAGCAUAUGGGAAUGCGAACGCAAAUGGUGCGGGACAGCUGGGAGAGCAGCUCGUGGCUUUGAAAAUGCUCGAGAGGGAACCUUGCGCGCAGAACGAACGGAUGCGCGUCAGCUGGGUCAGAGAAGUGGAGGUUUUGAAACACAUUUCGCACCCUAGCAUCGUACGAUUCAUCGACUCUUUUUCCACACCGCGGCACCACAAUCUGGUCUUGGAACACGUGGACGGAGGCGAGCUGUUCGAGUUUCUUGCAAAGUACCAUCCGAUGCUGGCUGCGAGGGAAUGGCUGGUCAGGCGGAUAUUCGGAGAGGUCGCGCACGCUGUGGGUUGGAUGCACUCUAUCCAUCUCGUGCAUCGAGACAUCAAGCUCGAGAAUAUCAUCCUCACCAAGGACAUCUUUGCGGCUGUAGCUGGACAAAACGUCGCGCCGGCCGAUGUUGCGCCCGUGCCGCUACUCAAGAUUUCCGACUUUGGCCUCUCGCGCUUUGUGGAUCCGGCUUCGCCGAUGUUGGAAACGCGAUGCGGGUCGGAAGAGUACGCAGCGCCGGAGCUGAUCAUCGGCAAGCGGUACGAUGGUCGAGCGACGGAUGUGUGGGCGUUGGGCGUGGUGCUGUAUGCGCUGAUUUGCGGAUUCUUGCCGUUUUUGGAGGAUUCGGCUGGAGGAGGAGUGGCUGCUGCUGCGGCGAGGGAAGGAGGUCAGGAACGAAGUGCAAGGGAGCGCAAAGCUCAUCUGUUGCGCAUCGCCAAGGGGGAUUUGAGGUGGCCUGCAUUGACCAACGAGGCCUGCUUGGACGUGCCUCGCGCUCCUACGCCGCCAAGCAAUAGGCUCGUCACGCCCGCAGCUAGACACAUCACUGCCCGUCUGCUGAGAAGAGAUGCCAACAAGAGGGCGGCGGCUUGGGACGUCUUUGAGGAUGCUUGGAUGCUUCACGGCAGCUUUUCUCCAGAGCAGCCGGAAUCGUCUGCGUUGGGUCAGAAGACCAACUCUCUGACUGCCAUCUGCUUGCACAAUCCUAGGAGCGGCCAGGGUCAACGUUGGCUUCAAGAGCACGCGCGCGUCAUCGGUGCGGUCGCGGACGUUGCGCGUGACGAUUGAUCAAGGGGGCCUUUUGCUUG